AUGACCACGGUUCAUUCUGCUUUCCCCAUCAUCCUUAUCCUCGUUCUUCUUCAGUCUAAAUACUCUCACUCAGAAGGCUUUGCAUUCGAAGACACAGGCUUAGCCACUCUUGAUUCAGACUCUCAAAAUGAUUUACACUCAGCAAAUGCUCGUGCACUCCUCCUUGCCAAGAAAUCCUCUCACAUAGAGCAACUUUGGGCACCAAACUGCAUGGACCUAGCUUUCAUGCACACUGAUGGUCUCAGAGCUUGUAACCGAAAUGCAGCCACUCUUGAGGUCACUGAGGUAGCUAUCGCCAUCGCCAACUGCUACCUCAAAAAUCAGAUCAAGCACCCCGCCAAAGAAGAGAUUCGCUGCAUGCCUGGGGACUCUGCCUGUUUGGGUUCACUGAAAGACUACCAGCGCAGAAUCCUGAUGAGUGUCUCAUCGCAGCUCGGGUUGUACUGUUCGGUGCACCUGAUGCGCAGAGAGAAACGCAAGUUUGCUUCCUCGCUGAAAGAAUGCUCCAAGACAGCGGUGAACAUUCAAGAGAUCCUCAGGCAGACCAAACAGACACACAAAGCUGUGCUCGAACAAGGCAAAGAGUGUAUCAAGCUGCUGAAAGAACUUUCUGCUCAGGCUGGCAAGCAAACACAACAAGAGAAGAAGACCGUUCAGCAAGAGAUCAAACAGCUGGAGAAGGAAGUCCAAACUAUGGAGGCCGACACUACUGCGUCGGAAGAUGCACAAGAGAUGUCCAAGAUAGAAUUCAUCGCAAGCAAGCUCGACUUCUUCGUCUACUUCUUGGUCUUCUGCAUGCAAGUCGUCACCAUCCUCAUCUUGACGGUGCUCCUGCCAAACGCAGGCGAUGUGUCUAUCUUCGAGGCUUUUGCUACUAUUCUGGUCGGCUGUCUAGCAAAAUUGGCCAUCUCCGGUUUACAGGCUGGUCCUAACUUCUUUGCCACGAUUGUUCCUACUUCCUACUUCCGGGUACUCGAGUUGGCUGUGUGUUUCUAUUUUACCAUACUGAGAUACCUGGCUCUGUUGAUCAGAACAAUCCCCCAGCAACAGAAGACCUUGCUCAUCACCCAAGUUUAUGAUGCUGUCAAGAAUCCGACUAAAAAGCUUACUACUCCAGAAUGGAGUCAAGAAAUUGCACCAUUCCGAGUCCGUAAGGAUGACAGAUUGAUGGUUGAGCCGAGAACACCCCAAAUAUCGCCUUCAACACAAGCCUCUCUUCACCAACCAUAUCCUGUCGGAUACCUGGAGAAUGCAGAUGAGAACUCGCUGCCAAGGACCAAAAAGAGACCUCACGGAGGAAUGAACCCAUGCUACUUUACACCCAACGGCCCUCCAUCCAUCUGA